UGAAGUAGUUUUCUUUAUUAACAGCUCUGUUCUGUGUAGUUCUGCUGUCAUGUUGAGUUUGAUCAGUUCAUUAUAAAUGCUUCUUUUAGUAAUCCUGCUGUGUUUGUGUUCAGAUGUUGAUCAUGAAAGCGCAGGUGGAUGUGCUCUGCUGUAAAUCAGUAGGAACUGAUCUGUCCAUGCUGGAUAUUGAGGAUUUCAUCUCAGAAAUCUGUCGGCUGAAGAAAGAGGUGGCGUCUCUGGAGGCAAAGCUGAGAGAAAGAGGAGAGGAUCUGGAGCAGGUUUCGGUGCGUGUGACUGACGGGACAGAAGCUCAGGAUUCAGUCUGGAGCGUCAGAGAUCAGAGAUCCAGAGACACACAGGACUCAGAGCUCAGCCUCACUUUACUCUGUUAUACUGACGCUCAGGAUCAUGAAUCCGCUGAUCAAACCUCUGACUGUAACGCUGGAGAACAGCAGACGCUGCAGACGCCGCUGAAGAUGUGCUCCGUCAAACUGCUGGACUGCAGGAACCUGAUCGAGAGCCGAGGAGAAGAGACCACCGCAGAGAAAGAACAACAACACAGUGAUGAGGAAGAGGAGGAUGAUGAUGAUGAAGAGUUAAUUCCUGCAGAUGAAAAUGGAGGUUCAUCUUCUGAUGGAGACGAAGAAAAAGGUCAGCUGAUGAGUUUCACAGAGUUGAGUUCACAGAGAAACUUAAUGAAGCACGAGAGAACACACACAGAACAGAAAGACUUCAGCUGCAAGAGAUGCGACAUCAGCUUUCCUACCGCAGAAGAGAGGAGACUUCAUUCAAAAGAGCACAGGGUGAAGAAGGAGUUUCGCUGUGAACAGACCGGGAAGGAUUUUUUCACCACUGCUCAAAAAAUGAAAGUUCAUAUAAAGACACACGACGAAAAGUCUUUCCAGUGCAGCGAAUGUGAAAAGUAUUUCGGCACCAAAGCAAAUCUGGAAGCUCAUAAGCGAAUCCACACGGGAGAAAGACCGUACAAGUGCCCUCACUGCGAGAAGACCUACAACCACGGAUCUCAUCUGAAGAAACAUGUGCGUGUUCACACCAAUGAGAGACCGUACCAGUGCAGUGAAUGUGGGAAAACCUUCACAGAGUCAGGCAGUCUAAAGUCACACCAGAGAAUCCACUCUGAUGAGAAACCGUAUCAGUGCAAACACUGUGACAAACGCUUCCGGCAGAAAUCCCAUCUGAAGUGUCACGAGAGGACUCACACCGGAGAGAAACCUUACCGCUGCUCCAUCUGCGUAGAGAGAUUCGCUUAUUUAGCGGCUUUUCAGAGCCACCAGAACAAACACGCUAAAGAACAACCCUGAAAUCAUCACCAGAGCUUCUGUUAUUAAUGUCAACGACUCGCUUUAGAUCAAUGUAUAUCUGGAAUUAAAACCGAAACACCUGGAAUAGUUCACAUAAAGAUGAAAAUGUGCUCAACCUCAGAUCGUCCCAGAUCAGGAUGAGUUUGUUUCUUCAUCAGGUUUGUAGAAAUGUAGCAUUGCAUC